CUUAAUUACUGCGACAAUGAUAUAGUGCGAAAUAGAGGGGCUAUAUCAUUACUCAGCAGCUGAAAUAGAAGUGUUAUAUCAUAACUCAUAAACCCAUUGUCCCAAACGUCCUACUGAUAACGCUGAAAUAUGUUCUAACGUUCAACCGAACUAAUGUACGGUACGUGCAACGAUUUUAAGCACAAAGUAGAGCUCGAAGUCUUUUUCUGUGCCGAUGUUUUAUUUUCCUUUUUUAUUAUCAUGGCAACAUUACUUAAUUUAAAAUUUUCUGUAGUUGUAGACUGUAACGUAAGAUAUCGUUUGUAGUUGUAUAAAUCAAAUAGUAAAAUGGAAUAUAAUGGAAGAGUUAGAAAUACAAAAAAUCUAGUAAUUUUAAUGUUUAUUCUUAUCAUUUGUUUCUGCACCUCCGGGCAUACUUGCUUGUUUACAUAUAUUUUAUACUCUUAUACUGUUAAAUUCUGACAUUUUGUAUAUAUUUUAGUAAAAGUUUCAGUAGAAAUAUUUAUUCAGGUAUCGGAAUGGAUGAUUCUUUCGUAUUGUUGGCUGCGUGGAGACGAACGGAUAAGAAUCACAGUGUCAAACAAAGAAUGAGUGAAACCUUUUCUGAUGUCUGUAUUUCCAUAACGAUAACCUCAUUAACCAAUUUUAUAUCAUUCAUUUUAGGAGUUAUAACUCCUUAUAGAAACAUUCGUAUCUUCAGUAUAUAUAGUGCCAUAUCAGUGUUAUUCGAUUAUAUUUAUCAAAUAUUUUUCUUUGGUGCGGUGAUGGCAAUCGACGGUUACAGAGAAAAGCAAAAUUUCCAUUCCUUACUUUUAUAUCGUGUUCGUACAGAUGAGACAGAAAGAAACUCGACAAGUAUCGAAAAAAUUCUGAAGAUCAUGAAGAUAGCGAAAAGUUUUCCCGAAAAAUUAAGUGCUUUUUUGAGCCAAAACUUUAUCAAAGUAUUAGUAAUAUUUUCAUUUACUUGUCUAUUAACAGGAGCAAUUUAUAAUAUUAAUUCCAUAAAACAAGGACUAGAUUACACUGAUAUAUUUCCAUUCCAUUCUUACGCUGAGAAAUAUACGAAAAUGCAUUAUGAAUAUUUCACCGAUUAUCCUCUUACAGUACAGCUAGUGUUUAAUCAAACUCUAGAUUAUUCAAAUUCAUCCGUUCAAAUGGACAUAGAAAACAUCUUAAGAACAUUCGAAAGUGCCCCUUACAUGACUGGACCCAAUUAUACCGAAUGUUGGUUGAGAGAAUAUUUGUCUUAUAUUCGUGAUUCUAGAAUAAAUUACUUGAUUAAAGAUUUUGAUGUAAAUACAACGCAGGGAUUUUUAGACGGAUUGAAAAAAGUGUUUUUAAAAUUUUACAAUGGAAUAUUUGAAGAUGAUAUCCUGUGGAAUAAGGAUCGUGAUCAAAUUUUAGCUUCGAGAUGUUUGUUUGCAUAUCGCAAUGUCAGAACCGGACGUGAUGAAAAAUCUUUAAUCGAAGAAUUACGUAAAAUUGCAGCUGAGAGCAAAUAUGAUGUAUUUGUUUAUAACAUGUGGUUUGUAUUGUACGAUCAGUAUUUAAAUAUGCCUGCAAUAUACUUGAAAGCCGUAGGAAUCGCUAUUUUGUCUGUAUUUGUUAUAUUCUUUACAUUUAUUUCUGACAUAUCUUACAGCAUUGCUGUUUUAUUUACUGUUAUUUGUAUUCAAGUAGAAACUUUGGGUUAUGGAAGUGCAUGGAAUGUGGGAUUAAAUAUUAUUUCUAAGUGGCCCCAUACAAGAGAACAGACCAAGAACAACACUGAUCUGGUCAAUAUGGCUCGUAGUUCAUUAUCGGGUGUCCCUUACCUAGCGACAAUUCUUGUUCUCUUAUAA